AUGGAGCGCCUGAAGUUAGUCUUGCAGUACUUCCAGUCCAACUCCGAGUCCAUCUCCAAUGGAAUUUGUAUCAUCCUCGCCCUGGUUAGUGUCAAGCUUUACACCAGCUUCGACUUUAACUGCCCGUGCCUCCCUCAGUACAACAAACUUUACUCUCUGGGAGUGAUGAUAGUCCCGCCUAUUAUACUGUUCUUCCUGGGAAUCCUUGUCAACCGGCAUACAGGUGUCAUGAUGGACGAGUGGAUGAGACCCAUUGGGAACAGAUCCAAAAAUCCUGCUGUUGUCAAGUACUUGUUCUCAGCCAUGAUCCAGAGGGCCCUGCUGGCACCAAUGGUGUGGAUCCUGGUCACUUUGCUAGAUGGAAAGAUCUUUAUCUGUGCUUUCAGUGUGAGUGUAGACCCUGCACUCUUCUCAGGUAUGCCUAAUAACACAGGUCUGGAUGUUCUGAAGAUCAUGGCCAAAGUACCCUGUAAGGAGGACGUUAUCUUCAGGAAUAGUUCUUUCCGUAAAGCGGUUUCUCGUUAUGUUCGCUGCCAUUCACAGGCGAUUGGUUGGUCCAUCCUCUUGUUCCUGAUUGUACUGGGAGCACUGGGACGCCUCAUCAAGCCCUGUUUUGACGACCAUGCCACCUUCCUGCAGACACGCUACUGGAGCAACUAUCUUGACGUGGAGCAGAAGCUCUUCGAUGAGACCUGCGUCCUACAUGCCCGAGACUUCGCCCGAAAGUGUGUGGUGCAGUUCUUUGAGGACGUCAGGGAGGACUCUCUACGUCUUCCACACCCGGUCUUCAUCAGCAAAUUCAGAGAGGAGUGCGAUGAUGAAGAAGAACAGCUUCAUGGGAUAACAAAACAGGAGCAAGUGGACCAGCUGCUAAACAAGUGGUAUUACGGUAAACCUGAACUGGAUGUGUCUAGGAUUGCAUACAGGCCCAGACCAUGUGUUACCUGGGAGAACCAUGAAGGGAAGACAUUAUACUCUGAUGUGUAG